ACCUUUGUUGAGUGUGCGGAUUUUGAAAAUGCAAUCCAAUGCCCAUCAGCAAACCCUGCGGGGACUUUACCCGCCAAUCGAGCCUUAUGAAACAGGAUUUCUCAAAGUCUCUGAAGUUCACACCAUCUACUGGGAGACCAGUGGAAAUGCCGCGGGAAAACCCGUAGUUUACCUCCACGGAGGACCUGGAGGUGGAACGUCUGGGGAUGAUCGACGUUUUUUUGAUCCAUCUGUUUAUCGAAUUGUUCUUUUGGAUCAACGUGGAUCAGGCAAGAGUACACCCCUCGCUUGCCUUGAGGAAAAUGAUACUUGGUCCUUGGUCUCGGAUGUUGAUAAAUUGCGGAAACAUCUCAAUAUUGACAAGUGGCUAGUUUUUGGCGGUUCGUGGGGGAGCACAUUAGCACUCUCGUAUGCUCAAAAGCACCCGGAGAACGUGAAAGGGCUGAUUUUACGGGGAAUCUUCCUGCUGAGGCACGCUGAGUUGCAGUGGUUUUACCAAGAAGGUGCCAGCAAUAUCUUCCCGGAUAUCUGGGAGUCUUACUUGGAACCCAUUCCCGAGUCAGAGCGCGGAGACCUCAUCGCGGCCUACUAUCGGCGUCUUACGGGAACUAACGAGGAAGAGCAAAUGCGUUGCGCAAAAGCAUGGAGCAAAUGGGAAUGCGCGACUAGCAAGUUGUACAUAGAUCCCGAGCAUAUCAAGAAAGCUGAAGAUGACAAAUGGGCUGCGGCCUUUGCCCGCAUCGAAUGUCAUUACUUUAUAAACAAAGGUUUCUUUGAUAGUGAUGGCUACCUUUUGCAACAUGUGGACAAGAUCAAGCAUCUCCCAUGUGUUAUUGUUCAAGGGCGUUACGAUGUUGUUUGCCCCGCACGAAGUGCUUGGGACCUGAAAAAGCAGUGGCCAGAAGCGGAGUUCCACAUGGUACCUGAUGCCGGACACUCUGCCAAAGAAAAAAGUAUAACCGCCAGAUUGGUAGAAGCUGCAGAUAAAUUUAGAGAACUGUAGUGAAAAUUAGUUUAGAAGAUGACGAUUUGCAUCGAUCGGAUGCCCAGCUGUGGCGUAAGAAUAAGGAAUGUGCACGUUGCAAAUCGUAAGAUCACGUCUUUUCUCGAGCA